AUGCACGCGUGGGUCAUCUUGCGGGACUUCUACAACCGCACCACGCUCCACAAUCGUGUCGAGAUGACACGUCGUCUGCAUGAGUUCAAGAUGGAGAAUGUCGAUGACUCUCGGCAGCUAGUGGUGCUGAUUAGUAGUCUUCCGACGGACUAUAAGCUCAUCUCGUCAAUUGUGGAGAAUUCCAAGGACAUUACGCUCAUCGAGGUCAAGGAAAAGCUGCUCAAGGAGCAUGAACGAUUGCAGAGGAAGGAGACUACGGAGAAGGCGUUUCCUGUAAGCAGCAACGGUAGACGGUUCAAGGGAGGCCAGGGCAACGGCCGCAAGGGAAACUAUCUACGGAAAACCAACACCGGAAUUAAAGGCAAUUGCUUUAAGUGUGGUCAAGUCGGACACUAUAAGCGGGACUGCCUGAAGCGUAGCAAUGGCGAGGAAGAAGUUGCUGUGUUUGCUGCUGGUGAGUUGCAAUGCGAAGAAUGGCUUAUCGACAGCGGGGCUACGUCGCACAUGACACCACAUCGGAGCGAUCUAUUUGAGUACAAGGAGUUGAAGACUGGUCAACAAGUCUCUAUCGCUGAUGGCAAGAAGCUGCAGGUAGCUGGAGUGGGAACAGUCAAGCUGAAAGGUCUAGACGGUCGACGGAUCAUGAUGGUCGAUGUCAUGCACAUACCAGGACUUGACAAACGAUUGCUGUCCGUUGGCAAACUGGCAGGACGAGGCACGAGGGUGGAGUUUCAAAGCUCGUCCUGCAUCAUUUGGAGUGCCAAGCGCGCGAUUGCAAGCGGCAAGAAGAUUGGCAAGGCGUACUUCCUGGAUUGCGAACAAGAAGAAGCCCGGCUUGUAGAAUACGCAGGGGCUGAAAGUGAGUGGGAGCUUUGGCACGCUCGCUUGGGACACCCCGGAAGAUCUGGUAUGGACAAGACACAGCGCGCUACGAGUGGUAUGCCGGCGGUAAAGCAGGGCAUCGAGAAGCUGUGCAGUGGAUGCAUGAAGGGCAAGCUGACGAUCGAUACAUUCCCGUCUCAAUCGCUAACAAGGACGUCACGUGUGUUGGAACUAGUACACACGGACGUGAUGGGACCGAUGAAGACGGUCUCAAAGGGUGGUGCACGAUUCGUAUUGACAUUCGUAGACGACUACUCAAGAUUUGUGGCAGCGUACUUCAUGAAGCACAAGAGCGAGGUGGCCGCAAGGCUUAGCGAGUUCAAGGCUUUACAUGAGAAUCAAUGGGGCAAGCACUUAGAGUGUAUACGGUCGGAUAACGGGACGGAGUUUGUCAACAAGAAGAUUGCCCAUAUAUGCGCCCGUAAUGGUAUCAUGCACCAGCGGACAGUACCAUAUAGUCCGCAACAGAACGGCGUUGCAGAACGCAUGAAUCGCACUAUCACGGAGAAGGCAAGGAGCAUGCUGUACUCCAAGGGUAUCGACAUGCAGUGGUGGGCAGAGGCGGUCAGUACGGCUGUGUACUUGAUCAACAGAUCCACAAACUCUGCAAAUUCGGACGUAACACCGUUCGAGGUUGGUUUCAAGAUGAAGCCGAGUAUUGAGCAUUUGCGUGUGUUUGGAUCGCAAGGGUAUGCUCACAUUGACGACGCCAAGAGGACGAAGCUCGAGCCAAAGAGUUACCGGUGUAUGUUCCUCGGAUAUGCGGAGAACACCAAGGGAUACAGGGUGUUCAAUUUGGAAAGGUAG